UACCAAAUAAAAUGAAACGAUGUUUAGUCGUACACGUGGCAUUCUGAAAUCUCACUAUUAUUUCCUAUCGUCCUAAUAAUAAACUAGCAGAAGGACAAAAACCCUAAUCACAUUCGGUGGCGGUUGAGUUCAAAAAUGGCGGCGGAAGGCUUUCUCAGUGUGGCGGAGAUCGACGGCAGAGGUAGGGGUUUAGUAUCCACUCAACCAUUAAAAGCCGGCCAAACUGUUCUUAGAGACUCUCCCAUUCUCCUCUACUCUGCUUUUCCUUUUCAAAACCCUUCUUCAUACUGCAACCAUUGCUUCAGAACUUUACAGUCUUCUUCAAUCAAUUGCUCUUCGUGUUCAGCCCUCUUCUGCUCCGCCGCGUGUCUUUCUUCCGCCACGUCAUCCUCGCACUCGCCUUAUGUCUGCCAAUCUCUUACUCGUCUCAGUAACUCUCCUCACUUCUUCCUCAACCACCCGCUCGAACGCCAGCUCCAAUCGCGAUUUCUAAUCGCCGCGUACAAUUUAUCCCUCGUUUCUCCUUCAAAGUUCCAAAUUUUACUUUCUUUUCAAGGAAUCCCCUCUGCUAAUGACUCCUCAGCCGCCGAAUUUCUCCACUCUCUUAUCUCUUCUCUUUGCCCUCCUCCUCCUGAUUCGGCCCCCUUUUCUCUCGAACUCACUGCAAUUUUGCUUGCCAAGGACCGGCUCAAUGCCUUCGGCUUAAUGGAGCCCUUCAAUGACGGUCAGAGAUCGGUUCGCGCUUAUGGGCUUUACCCGAUGGCCUCAUUGUUUAAUCAUGAUUGCCUUCCGAAUGCUUGUAGAUUUGAUUAUGUGGACGCGGCGGUGGAGAAUGAGAAUAACACUGACAUUAUUGUUAGGAUGAUCCAUGAUGUGCCUCAAGGGAGGGAGAUUUGCUUGAGUUACUUUCCUGUUAAUUUAGAUUAUGCCGCUAGACAGAAGCGAUUACUAGAAGACUAUGGCUUUGCUUGUGAUUGUGACCGUUGCAAAGUCGAAGCCAAUUGGUCUGACAAUGAGAAUGAGACUGUGGAUGAGAAGCAAGAGGAGGAGGAGGCUAUGGAGGAGGAUGAGGAUGAAGAAAUGGCGGGUUCUGAGAAUGAAAACGAGGAGAGUGAUUUUCCUCAUGCUUAUUUCUUUAUGAGAUAUAUGUGUGAUGGACCUAAUUGCUGGGGGACAAUGGCUCCUUUGCCGCCUUCAGAUGUUUCUCCCUUGACUGUUAUGGAAUGUAAUGUCUGUGGUAAAUUUAAGAAUGAUAUUGUUGAAGGAGGAGAAAACCUUUCCAUGGAUGACUAGUGAAACUUUUGCAGCUGGUUUAGAAUGGCAGAGAGGAAAAAUCCGUCUUCAUCUUCAUGUUCAUUGCAAUCAAUGUAGCAGCCCUGCAUUUUUUUUCUUGGUGUUGAUUGCAAUGCAGCAGUCUUGCAUUUUUCCUUUGACAGGAGUUCUUGGCGUAUUUAAUUUGCUCCUUUGUGUGGUGAUUGUUGAGGGAUUUUGACCAAGUUUAUUUCAACAAAAGGCCUCGUCCUGACCCAGCAUGAAUUGAAAUCAGAUUUACUUGCUGCAGAUGUGGGUCAUGGAAAGCGAAGAAAAAUAAAACAUGGACUAUUAUUUGCCUUGGCAUUCA